UAGUUUUCCGUAAAGAAAAUUCCAAUUCGGUGGCUCUCUAUCGAGUGUUUUCUCCUCCCGCAGUUUAAGUUUCUAUAACUAGUAAAGCUUGGGGAAAAUCAGCUUUGUUUUAUUUUUGGGGUCAAGCAUGGAAGAUCGCAAGGAGCCGGAGAAAAAUGGAGGAUGGGUAUCGGUGCCACAAUUUGGGGAGUGGGAACAGAAAGGGCAGGUGCCGGAUUACUCAUUGGACUUCUCAAAGAUAAGGGAAAUGAGGAAGCAAAACAAGAGGGAAGUUUCAAGAUCCAGUCUUGGAAAUGAAGAUGAAUUCAUUAACCCAACCGUUUCAACUGCUCCUACCACUGAUCAUCAUAACCAUCACUCCCCAACUACUAAGAGGGGAAUCUUCAGCUGCUUCAACUGCUGCAUCAAGGCCUGAACCUGAUGAAUCGAAAGAACAAUCUCUCUUUUUUAUUUGUAUUUGAUCCAAAUAUAUGUUUAUUAAAUUUGGUGAUUAAUGUAUGCAACUCAGGUCAUUUGUUCUGCUGCUGAUAAUUUGGAAUUAGAUAUCCAAUGGAUAAGUUAAGG